AUGACGGCAGCGUUAGGUAUUACAGUAGCUGGUGAUUAUAGAGUGUGUGACUCAUUAGUUGCAAUUCAAGGAACGGGCUGGAUAAACAAUCAUUGCAGUGUCCCAAGCGAUAACGGCCAUUCGCACAUCCCGCAGCGUCCGCUCUGCCCCUCCCCCCAGCCCACCAGCGACCGUCAACACCACCAGAUACAGGAGCUGAAAUCCUGGAGAGAAGGAGGAGAACGGGCACAAGGUGUACAGCGAGGAGGCGCGCACGCGCCGGGCCCGACAUGGCUGCGCCGCACUACUGGUCGCGCGCCCUCUCACACAGGGACGAGCGCAGCGCCUCCCGUACAGUCCGGUGCGGGGCGGGGGCUCCAAGACCGCCGCCCGAGCGCUCCUCUUUCCUUAGUAUCCCGGCUCAAACGGCGCGCGCGCACGGGACACUGGCGCAGCGCGCUUUGGGCCAUGGCGGUCCACGUACUUUGGUUGCUGGUUUUGGUGACAUUUGGUGGAGUUAGCACGCAACGAAACGAAUAUGAAAGAGGAGACGUCGAAGAAAAUAAUAUUUAUGAUAAUCAAGACUGGAUGUAUCAGAAUAGUUACAAUCCGCAACCAACAAUAAAUUCAUACUAUGGUUUAUCGAGAAGGCAGGAUUUACCAACACCAUCUGCCCCCCCUCCUCCUCCCCCACCGGAAAGAGUGCCACAGCCUUCAAGAAGUUUUGGCCAAAACUUUGCUGUGUAUGACCCAGUAACUCGUCAACGGACAAAUGCAUUUGAUCGCAACUGUACGGCCCCUGGCUGCUGUGUCCCAAAAUGUUUUGCUGAAAAGGGUAGUAGGGGUUUCCCUGGAAUGCGGGGACCACCUGGAAUCACAGGUCUGCCAGGACACGUUGGGGCUGAAGGUCCCCAGGGACUUAAAGGUCAGAAAGGUCAAGAUGGACCACAAGGUCCUCGGGGUCCGCGAGGUGAAAAGGGUAAACCCGGAGCUCAAGGAUUUAUAGGCUUAGCAGGACCACCAGGUCCUCAAGGUGAACCUGGUAUGCCAGGAAUUCCUGGACGUGAUGGUUGUAAUGGAACUGAUGGUGAACCUGGAAUGAUGGGGAUCAAAGGUUCACAGGGUCCUCGUGGAUUUGCUGGGCCUAAAGGUAACAAAGGUGAUAAAGGAGAACCGGCUUAUAUGGGUCGAUACCCAAAAGGCGAAAAAGGAGAACCCGGAGCAGAUGGUUUACAAGGCCAAUCAGGCCCAGCUGGACCAACAGGUCCUCCAGGUUUGGCUGGUCCGAAAGGAAUGACUGGACCUAUGGGACCACCUGGAAAUAAAGGUGAUAAAGGUCCUAAAGGAUCUAGGGGACAAUCUAUUCAAGGUGAUAAAGGAGAUAGAGGUGACAAAGGAGACAGAGGACCCGGUUGUCCAUCAACAACAUUACCUUCAUUGGAUAAUAAAGGAGCAAUUAAAGGUGUCAAAGGUGAUAUGGGAUCGAAAGGUGAAAAGGGAGAACCUGGUAGAAUGGGCGAAAAGGGAGAAACAGGUCCGAUGGGUGAACCUGGCUUGCCUGGAUUAAUGGGCAUUAAAGGAGAAAAGGGCUUAAGAGGAAAUCCUGGAGAAAGGGGUCGUGAAGGUAUGUAUGGUGAACCCGGGCCUAUGGGACGAAAAGGUGACAGAGGCAUUGAUGGACUGAAUGGUCUUCCUGGUAGACCGGGUUUGAAAGGAGAACCGGGCAGGGAUGGGGCACCAGGACUAAUGGGAUUAAAAGGAGUACCAGGUCCACCUGGUGGUCGAGCUGGAGCACGAGGUCCACCUGGACCCCCAGGUCCACGGGGUUACAUCGGCGUUGCUGGUGCACCAGGGUCUAGUGGUAGGCCAGGAGAAAAUGGAUUACCAGGACCUAUGGGACCAAGAGGUGGACAGGGAGAACCUGGUGACACAGGCAUUGAAGGUCCAGCGGGUCAAAAAGGAGAAAAAGGUGAACCUGGUCUUGAUGGUUCGCCUGGAGAAAUAGGUCAAAGAGGAUAUGAUGGACCUAUUGGACCACAAGGACCAAGGGGAUUGAAAGGAGAAGAAGGACAAUCAAUUCCUGGUGACAAGGGAAACAGUGGCCAACCAGGUAUUCCAGGAGAUAAGGGAGCCAAGGGUGAACGAGGUUAUCCAGGUUUACGAGGUACACCUGGAAACUCUACAUUAGGUACACCGGGUAGUCCUGGAGAAAUGGGUCCCCCCUGGUGA